AUGAAGCGGAAGAACUUUGAUGAAGGGUACGGGAAUACGGAGCCUCGCACAGAUCUUUCAUCUAGAGAAGCGCAGCUCUCUGUUGCGACGGUUUUUGGCGACGCGGCUCGACCUGGCUCGACUGACGGCGGCGCGGCUACUGAUUUCGUGGCAGUGAAACCGAAGUCGUCCCAUUGCACUUCUCCACAUUUAUCUAGCACGGGCACCGGAAGGGGAAGCAGCAGACGGACUUGCGCGGGGAGGCGGUCCGUGAAAGGCGGCGGAAACAGCGGCGACAGUAUUACCACUAGCGAGGCGAUUCGUCAAGCGGAGGGAAAAAAGCUGCGCGCUGCGCUGGUGCCAACUUGUCUACCCGAGGAUGGCUAUUCUUGGCUGAAAUAUGGCGAGAAACCGCUUAUGAACCAGCCUAAUUGCCUGCGGUCGUACUUCCGCUGCGCGGGUUCGGGUUUGGCAGGAGCAGAGCCUUGCCGUGCGAAACGAACCGUCGAUUGGCGCGUCGACACGCAACCAGCGAGUUUCCAUCUCGCCUUCUGCCUCAUCCCCGAGCGUUUGCGAAACGGAUGGUUCGUUUCGGGCGAAACUGGCGACGGGAUUGUCAACGAGUUUUUUGGGACGCGGCGAUAA